AUUUCCAUUAUGGGGAGGAAGGAAGCCGUUAAGUAUCAGUGAGGGAAUAGAGCUGGCAAAUGACGUAUCAGGUGGUGUGCUGAAGCUUCUCCCCAUACCAACCCCCCUCAAGUGUCAAGUCCAUCCUCACCGUUACAUUACUAUUUCAAAUCAGUUUUAAAUUCACUUUGAUUCAUUUGUAAAUCUGUAAUCUUUGCCAUUUGGGCUAUGCCAUCUCUCUCUCAUAGGCACAGUUUCGAAAAAGUUUCCGCCUUUCUGUAAUUUAGUGAACUACCCACCCACCCGUUCUUUCUUUUACCGGAGAUGGCUGGUUCCGGCGUCGGCGGUGAUUUUAGAUUCUUGAUAGUGAAGCCUGAAAAUGGAGGAUUUUUGGACGUUCUAAGGUUUGGGGUAUUGGGUCACCAACAGAGCGGUGCUAAAUUUCUUGAAACAACGUCCAAUUACCGGGGAAUCACUGAUCAACUCUGGGAGGUUGGCGACGGUGAGGAUGAGGACCCAAUACAUAGAUGGGUGAUUGUCGUGUCCGUUGUGGCGAGGAAGUUGCUAGCUUUCUUCAAGAAACCAUUGGAGUGGGCUGGCUAUCUUCUGGAGUUUCUACUGAACCUCUUCUCUCUUAAUGGCGGCAACUUCUUUAUUUUCCUCCACAGAUUCAUAAAUGGGCAACUAGUCAUGCCAGAGAGAGGAUCUGAAACAUAUACUAGUGCUAUUGGGUAUUUGGAUGGGCGUAUAGACCUAUACAAGAGCGAAGUGGUUUUUAAUGAACUUGGAGAAUUUGAUUCGUCAAAGGUAAGUGUGCCCUUGGAAGCCGGAAACCGGGCUCUGAUGGACCUCUGUAUGAUGGCUUCAAAGUUGUCCUAUGAAAACGUAAAUGUUGUCAGGAAAGUUGUAAAUCUUCACUGGAAGCAGAUGCAUUUUGUUGAGUUCUACAAUUGUUGGAAUGACUAUCAACAAGAAAAAUCCACCCAAGUUUUUAUAAUGUGUGACAAGCCAAAAGAUGCAAACUUGAUAUUGGUUGGCUUUAGGGGAACAGAACCCUUUGAUGCAGAUGACUGGAGCACUGACUUUGACUACUCUUGGUAUGAAAUUCCAGAAAUGGGAAAAGUACACAUGGGAUUCUUGGAAGCCUUAGGGUUAGGGAACAGAGAGAAUGUUUAUACAUUCCAAGAACGACUUUUUAAGCAAAACACAGAAAGUUCAGAGUCAUCUAUCAACUCUGAAUGGCCUUCAGACGAUUCAUCUGCAUACUACACCAUUAGAAGGAAAGUCAAAAGUCUACUAAAAGAGAAUGAUAAAGCAAAUUUUGUCGUGACGGGGCAUAGCUUAGGCGGGGCUCUUGCAAUUUUGUUCCCAACGGUUUUAGCGAUGCACAAGGAAGAGGCAGUGAUGCAACGGCUGUUGGGAGUUUACACAUACGGACAACCUAGAGUUGGGAACAGGAAGUUAGGGUGGUAUAUGGAGGAGCACUUAAAUCAUCCCACUCCGAAGUAUUUCCGGGCUGUUUACUGCAAUGACCUUGUCCCAAGGUUACCUUAUGAUGAUAAGACGUUCUUGUACAAGCAUUUUGGGGUGUGCCUUUACUACAACAGUAUGUAUAUUGAACAAAGAGUAGAUGAAGAACCAAACCCAAACUACUUGGGGAUGCGCUUCAUGAUACCGAUGUAUCUAAAUGCUGUUUGGGAGUUGAUCAGAGGUUUGGGGAUGGGCUACGCAUAUGGGGAAGAGUACAAGGAGAGUUGGGAGUCGAUCCUCUGGAGGAUGGUUGGACUUUUUAUUCCAGGAAUUGCUGAUCACAGUCCUGUUGAUUAUGUUACUUCCAUAAGGCUUGCAAGGAAACCAGAUGUGUCAUCCUCAUCAUAACCAAACAGCCUUACACCUUACAGGAAAUUUCAGGUUUUGAAGAAAUGUAGUGGACCGAAAUGGUGGCAAUAAAUGUUGGUUGCUUGUUCCUUUUUUAAUACUUUGGUGUAUUUUACAUUGCAUAUAUGGUACUCCGUAUUAAUAAAUAACGAAUAGCUUGGUUGUACUUUUUAGCUUUGUUUAAAA